AUGCCCGCAGACUCCCUCAUGCCCAGGACGGAGUCCUUCAACGCCCGCGUACGCGGCGCGUCCCACAUCGAUUUCAAGACUGCCACUACUGGCGUCGCCGCGAAGGCCAUGCGCAAUGAGCUCUCCGCGCUCGUCAACACCGUCAAGGAUCCCGAGACCCGCAAGGCCUUCGACACCGAGAUGCAGUCGUUCUUCUACCUUUUCACGCGUUACCUCUCCGAACGCGCGCGCAGCCAAGAACUUGACUGGGAACGCAUCGCAUCGCCUUCCGACGACAAGAUUGUUCCUUACUCCAAACUCCCCACCGCCGAUGCCUCCAACCUUAGCAAACUCGCUGUGCUCAAGGUUAACGGUGGUCUCGGAACCUCCAUGGGCAUGACCGGCGCGAAGAGCGCACUCGAGGUCAAGGACGACAUGACCUUCCUCGACCUCACCGUACGCCAGAUCGAGCACCUGAACACCACCCACCGCGUCGAUGUCCCCCUCAUCCUCAUGACGUCAUUCAACACCCACGAGGAUACCCUCCGUAUCAUCAAGAAAUAUGCCAACCAGCAGCUGCGCAUCACCACCUUCAACCAGUCGCGCUACCCCCGUAUCUUCAAGGAGACCCUCCUCCCCUGCCCGCGCACUGCCGACGAUGACAAGAAGCACUGGUUCCCCCCUGGCCACGGUGACUUGUACAACGCGUUGACCCACUCGGGCGUCCUUGACCAGCUGCUUUCGGAGGGCAAGGAGUACCUCUUCGUGUCGAACUCGGAUAACCUGGGCGCUGUCGUCGACGAGCGCAUCCUCCAGCACAUGAUUGACUCGCAGUCAGAGUUCAUCAUGGAGGUGACGGACAAGACAAAGGCCGACAUCAAGGGUGGUACCCUCAUUGACUACGAGGGUCACAUCCGCCUGCUCGAGGUUGCCCAGGUACCGAACGAGCACAUUGAGGACUUCAAGUCUGUUCGCAAGUUCAAGAUCUUCAACACCAACAACUUGUGGAUCAACUUGAGAGCGCUCAAGCGUGUCAUGGAUACCGAGGGCAUGGAACUCGAUAUCAUCGUCAACCCCAAGACGACGGACGAUGGUCAGGCCGUGAUCCAACUCGAGACCGCCGCCGGUGCCGCGAUCAAGCACUUCAACAACGCACACGGUGUCAACGUCCCGCGUAGCCGCUUCCUGCCCGUCAAGAGCUGCUCCGAUCUGCUGCUCAUCAAGAGCGACAUCUACUCGCUGCAGCACGGUCAACUCGUGAUCAACCCGCAGCGCAUGUUCGAGACGACACCCGUCAUCAAACUCGGAGACCACUUCAAGAAGAUUCAGCAGUUCCAGAAGCGCUUCAAGAAGAUCCCCAAGAUCAUCGAGCUCGACCAUCUCACCGUGACGGGCGACGUCUACUUCGGGCGCAACGUCACCCUCCGCGGCACGGUCAUCGUUGUCGCGAACGAGGGCCAGCGCAUCGACAUCCCCGAUGGCUGUGUGCUCGAGAACAGGUUGCUCUCUGGUAACCUCAACAUGAUCGAGCUAUGA